UUUAUCAGUUUUCUAUUUUUAUUAAAUCAUAAUUGAAUUAAACGAUUGUUAAAUAUUUUAAGAAAACGAAAUUAAAUCAUCGUAAUUUCAGUUCGUGAAAAAUUUAGUCUACAUAAUUGAAUAAUUUACAGAUAGAACAAUGUCUUCAUCAUCUUUGGAAAGUAUUAAUUUGAAGAAGAUCGAAUGGGGAGUUGAAGAUAAAUUUGAAGAAUUACAAAUGAAACUAAAACUUAAAGAAAGACGUCAGGAAGAGUUCAGAGAAAACUCUAAAAUUGAAAAAGAAGAAAGAAGAAAAGAAAUAAUUGAGCGACGUCAAAGCAACAAAUCGUUAAGAGUUAAUAUUCAAAAAGUGUUACACCCCCAUCCAAUAAUUAUCAAUAAAGCUUUGCGAAAUGAAAAAGCGAAAUGUCUUGCUUUCAAUCGAAUGACUGCUCCAGUAAGAUCUUAAUUCUUCUAGUUAAUUUAUUUUUAUUGUAAACAUUCGUUUAUUACCUUGAAAUUCAUAAGAAGAAGAUAAAACUUAUAAAAUUAAUAUAU